AUGAGAGGCUUGAUUUUUCUUCUGGUGGUGGUGGCCUACACCAGUGCCGAGUACGAGCAGUACUGCCAUUUGCGGAGCUGCAAAAAGGACGAGAAACACACCCUCUGUGCCUACUCCUCCGCCAACAAAUGCGCAAGACUCAUUUCAAGUGGGCUAUCCCAAGAUGAAAAAAACCGGAUAGUUAAACUGCAUAAUCAGCUGAGGCAGAAGGUUGCCAGUGGGAAAGAAGUGCGUGGAGCCCCGGGACCACAACCACCAACAGCAACUAGAAAAAUGGCCAAUUUGGUAUGGGAUAACGAAAUCGCCCGUAUAGCUCAGCAUUGGGCCGAUCAAUGCAAUUACAAACACGAUCAAUGCAAAAAUACACUGAAAGAAGAACAUGUUGGUCAAAACAUAGCGUACGAAUGGACUACUGGCGAUUUCAAAACUAUUAAAGUUGAAAAAUUGAUUAUGAAUUGGUACAAUGAAGUAGACAGCUUCGAUGGGCGCACAUUACAGGGUAUUUCCGGCAAAGCCGUUGGUCACUACACGCAAAUGGUUUGGAGUAAAACUAACAAAAUUGGGUGCGGAGCUGUUAGAUACUAUGAUGGAGACAGAAAGACUUUAUAUCUGGUCUGUAAUUACGGUCCAGGAGGUAAUAUGUAUGGCGAAAAAGUGUAUGAUACUAAAAAUAACCCAACGCAAAAUCGGCAUAUUCGACCUCAAAAAAAUAAAAAUCGUAAACCUUCGGCAAGUAAUAAUAACAAGCCAUCCAGAAGACCUCAGCCGCAACCUCGCCGAGAAACUUUGUACCCAUAUACCAUUCACGGGAAACGAGUGACAAAAGAAGAAUACGAAAAAUUCAAAAACCAGCCACUAUGGAAUCACGGACCCUCGAGAAAACCUCAGUCGCAACCCCAUCGAGAAACUUCUUUUUCGUACACUGUCAACGGCAAACGCGUUACGAAAGAAGAAUAUGAGAAGGUUGUAUGCUUUUAA